CCUCUCCCUCCUCUCCUCUCCCUCCUCUCCUCUCCCUCUGGUCCCCCAGCCAUCAUCUCCCUGGGCAGAGGCUGAGCUGACGUCACAACAGCUGCACUGGCAGGGCUGUGUGAUGGUGGGAUGGUGCCGUCUUCCCUCUCCUCUGCCAGGAAUGUCAUGAAGGAUCCACACAAGGAGCCAUGUUAGGAGGAGAAAGGAGCCGUGCCGGGGGACUGUAGGGCCCUGGAGGUGUCCUUACAUGUGAUAUGAACAAAUUCUUCUUCGAACUUUUGUUUAGUGACCGCAUCCAAUGUCCUGAUUGGUGACCGCUGACGAGAUGGAUAGCCCACCCAAACUAGCCGGAGAAACACUCAUUGUCCACCACAUCCCACUGGUGCACUGCCAGGUGCCCGAUCGCCAGUGCUGUCUAACUUCCAAGAGGUCCCAUUCCUACGGCAAGAAUGACCUGGGGAUUACCCGAACCACCUCUCUCCCAGAAAGGGACCUUUCUCAGUCCGACUCCCUAGUCUACAGUAGUUUGAUACAAGUUUCUGACUCUACGGUGAAAGAAAGGGGAAGCAAGAAGGACAAGGAAGGGCAGGGGACCAUAACUCGUAAGCGCCACAACCCAUUCCUCUUGAAUGAUGAGGAGGAACAUAGCACAUCGAGCAGCAGUGACGUGGAAAAGUCAUUCCAUCUCCACAACAACUUAAGUGGGCUGAAAUCAGGAUUUCAGUUCCAAGAUUUGUCCUUGCCACCUUUCCACCUUCAUGAUAACCCACCUGUGGUGAAGCCUUGGAUAUUGUCAGGAAGGUCAGGACUUGUGGAUGGACAAGAAGAGAAGACGUCACCUGAUUACUUACAAAAAGGCGGUAAUGCCAACCAAGGUCUAUCAGAGAUAAUCAUGGAAGACCAGGCUUGGCCUAGUCAUGGUGAGCCUACCUUUACUCUAGAUUGGAAUCAGAGCUCUGAUUUGGGGAGCCAAGAUUUUCAGAGAGAGUGCACGUGUACUGGUUCAGAGCCUCUUCGACACUGCCGUUGCUACAGCGCCUCAAGCCAGUCUGAAAUGGACCAGCAGGUGAGCUAUGUCAGCGACUCCUCCUGCAACAGUUCAGAUGGCAUCCUGGUUAACUUCAGCACUUUAUAUAACAAGAUGAAUGGGCACCCUAGGUCCAACAUGAAUUCUGGUAGUCUCUCUUGUGACUCCUCGUUUUGUAGCCACCCGGACACAGGUGCUUUUUAUCUCGACCUGCAGAGCUCACCUACGGAAUCCAAAAUGUCCUGUGAGUCCCAUGUUCAAGAAGCUUCUGGAAAGCAAUGCAGGUGUACCAACCAUUCAUCUUCACCCGUUUUAGAUGCCAACUGUAACUCUUACCACCUCAAUUGCGAUUUAGCCCAGUGUAAUGGAGAAAGCUCAGAUCUAACCUCCUGUUUGCAAAGCCAGGCCAGACUCGUGGUGGCCACUCAAAAUUAUUAUAAGUUAGUCACUUGUGACCUGUCAUCUCAGUCUUCUCCUAGCCCUCCUGGUUCUUCUAUUACCAGUUGUUCAGAUGAUCACACCAAAGAGAGCCCAGUUCAGCCAACUGAAUACUUUCUCUUUCAACAACCAGAUAGUAGUUCAGACUCAAAUGGCUCUAAACCUGGUAUAGAAAGAUCAAAAUCCGACAUCAUUGAAGGCCAAGUUUAUGUUAAUGUCUCACCACCAAACUUUAACACAGGCAGGCAAAGAUCCAGAAGUUAUGAUCGCAGCUUGGACAAGAGCCCUUCAAACCAACUGGGAUCGCUGGAGCGUAUGAUGAGUUGUCCUGUAAAGCUAAGUGAGGGCCAAGCUCUGCUCGCCCAAGGGUCAUCUCCGAAGAGAGUGACAUCCUUUUUGGAAUUAGCUAAAAGCAGGAAGAAAAAUGGCACCAGUCCUCCUUUAAGGUCCAGUGGAGACUCUUCCCUUGAGUUCUCACCAAUCCCAGAAUACCAUAGAGACGGUACCAGAGGUUCAGAACGUGGAGAAUUUCGUAGCCACAGCCUUCCACCUAUGUCCUUCUUGCAUUGUAUGAGUCGCACUUGUGAGGGCUGUACCAGUGAUAAUCUGGAGACUAAACCCACAAGUUCUAAUCCAACAGCUAACACUAAUCAAACCAGUAACACUAAUCAAAACAGUGCCAACUUUGAUGGAGGUAUUGAUCACAUCUUGGCAAUCAGUGGUCUGGAUUCAGCAGAGGCUGGAAUCAACUUUCUUCAAAGAGACAUAAGAGCAAAAGGAGACGGAAUGGGAGCCGAGGCCAAACCAGUGUUCCGCUAUAGCAAGGAUCAACGCCCAACCACACUACCCAUCCAACCAUUCGUGUUCCAGCAUCAUUUCAGCAAGCCAAAAACUCGCCCACUGCACAGCCACUUCACCUCCAGCCUUUCCCAGCUCUACGGAUUGUCCGCCAGCCGGUCGUCCAGCCAGCACAAUGUGUCAGAGACCCAGUCUUCAGCCCCGGUCACCCUCUCUGGGCAAAUGGAAGCAACCUGUGGCCACCCCAAGGUGAUCAAUGUGGCGGGUAAACUGUCUUUGGAUGGGCUGGUGAACACAAAAGAGGAGCAGAAUGUGUCCCAGAUCCCGGAUACAACUCGGCCCUCGCCACUGGGCAGCUACUCUCCCAUUAGGAAUAACGCCAUGUUCUUUCAGAGUCUGGACUCCGGCUCGUCUAGCUCUCCAUCUCCAGAGAAGACCAAGGAGAACCAGCCGCCCAGAAGCCGCUCCUGCCCGAUGUCGGCCAAUCUCUUGCCUUUUAGGUCAACGCAAGCCAGGGGCACCACGCUUCCGGGAGCGCCCAAAACCACCCGAAAGUACGAGGUCUCCCCUAAAGUAGAGGUUCAGAGGUCGAUUGUGAAGCGGGAACCUUUGAAGGAACCCGGCAUACAGGUAGCCAAGCAUGGUCUUCCUCCAAUCGCCUCGGUGCCUCUGCUGAACACCGUCCUUCAUGAGGUCACCAACGACAAUCCUACAGUUAUUGAAGACAACAAAGUGAAAACUUUUCCUGAGAAGGUCAUGUUGGCAAGACCGGUGAAUGCCAAUCACCUGUCUCCGCAAGCCCUGAAGUGGAGGGAGUACAGGCGUCGAAACCCACUGGGCCUUGAACGAGUUCACGGGCUGGCGGGACUGGCCGGCAGCCUGGACAGGAGGCAGGAGACGAAAGUAACCAAGAGGAACCACUUCUUCGACUUUCCCGGCAGUAUCAAUGGCAACCAUUUGCGGUUUCAUGGAAAGCCUUCGUCUCUCAGUUCCAGUGAUUUUUUCCCGGAUUAUUUUUCCGUCACAGAGCGCCCCCCGGCUGAGUUCUGUCUGUCUCCGGAUGGCAGCACCGAGUCUGUCUCCAUCGAUCUCCUACAGAAGAGAGGGCUGGUGAAGGCCGUGAAUAUUGCCGUGGACCUGAUCGUGGCUCACUUUGGCACAAGCCGAGACCCCGGAGUGAAGGCCAAGUUGGGGAACAGCUCCGUCAGUCCCAACAUCGGACACCUGAUUCUGAAAUAUCUGUGUCCGGCCAUCCGGGGCGUCCUGAGUGACGGCCUCAAGCCCUGGGUCCUGGACGUCAUCAUCGGCCAGAGGAGGAACGUGCCCUGGAGGGUGGUGGAGGCCUCCACACAGCUGGGUCCUUCCACCAAAUUGCUGUACACUUUGUGCCACAAGGUUAACCAGUUCUCCGAGCUGUCCAAUCACAGCCUGCGAUUCAAUGCCUUCAUCUUUGGCCUUCUUAACAUCCGGUCGGUGGAGUUUUGGUUUAAUCAUCUGUAUAACCACGAAGACAUUAUCUGGGCUCACUAUGACCCGGUUGGCUUCUUAUCCGUGUCUCAUGGGGUUUGCCAGCCGCUGUUUGAAGAGCUCCUGCUUCUCCUGCAGCCUCUUUCUCUUUUACCCUUUGACCUGGACCUCUUAUUUGAGCACCACCUUGUCCAGAUGAACAGAGAGCAGCAGCAGAAGAAAGAGAUGCUCCGCGUGAAGCAGGACCUGCUCCAGUCUGUUCAAUCCACCCUUCAGCUGAUGAGAAGCCGCGAUGAGGAAGAGCAGGAAAGGAAAAGCCUUGAGAAGACAUCCUUCGAGUCCUUGAAUUCCGAGAGGCCCACAGGAGAAGGAGCUGCCUCUGUAGAGAUUAGUGAAGAGCAAAAGAAAGAGAACGCCAUAGAGCUUAAAAGAGACAAACAAGCUGGAUGGUGGUACCAACUGAUGCAAAGCUCCCAAGUCUACAUCGAGAACUCCUCCGACACGACCAGGUUCACCCGCCAAGAUAGGCGAAGACCAGGAAGUGGUGGAACUCCCAAAAAAGUACCACCACCCAGAGAGGGAGUCGUCGAAGGAGCCGAGGCCUGUCCUAGUGUGGAAGGAAUGGCAGAGGAGAAGCCAUCAAAGAAAGACACUGUGGAGGACAGUCAUAAGGAAGAGAAAAAGUCCUGGAUGGGGAGCCCUCCCGAGUCGGUGCUCAAUGAACUUAAACAUGGGCAAGAGAAGGAAAGCCGGAGCUCCCAAAAGGACUCUCAGCCCAACAGACAAGAGGCAGCGAAAGAGAACAUUCAGGACAGUCCAAUCAGGAAAUGGGGACACUUGUUUGGAUCCAGGAAACCACUGGGGGAAGCCAAGAAACCCCUGGGGGAAGCCAGGAAACCCCUGGGGGAAGCCAGGAAACCCCUGGGGGAAGCCAAGCAGACAAACAGGUUGCCCUCGGGCUGGCUCAGCCUGGAUAAGUCGAUGUUCCAGAUGGUGGCACAGACUGUGAGCGCAGGGCUCUGGGGAGAAGCAGCCCCGGAGAGGGAGGCCAUGGCAGGAUCAGAAGCUGGAGCCGCGUCCCUCUCGCCAUCUUCCCAGAAUAUUCGACAAGUGAGCCCCGAAUGCCAUCGCACAGAGCCGAAACAACCAGACCUCAGCUUUGUCUAUGACGCACACUCUGACCGCCUGCAGUGUGGCCUUGGAAACCGGCACGGUCUGAUGCCUCUAAAGUUCGUCACUCAGCCCGACAGAGUGGACUCCUAACAACCGCUGGGACUGUUUACCUGGAGACACUUAAAGAUGGCGAUCAUGAUGAAAACAGCAUGAGGAACGCGCCAAGAGCUUUCCUGGUUCUUUGGUUAGACUGGAGCAUUCAAAGAUGUUCACUGGCUUUUUUUUUUUUAGCCUCUGCGAGGAAAAUGGAAAGCAUUAUGAUUUUCUGAGCGUGGCGGGGUCGGCCACAUUAAUACAGUAUUCUUUCUCCCCAACGCCCAAACCAUCGUGCACGUGUGCUAGCCGUUUUAUUGACGUGAGCUCUGCAUGCAGACAUCCUAGGAGAAAAAUGUGACUUCCCCCAAUGCUUUUCUUAGUCGGCGAACCUGACUCUCCUUACUCUCGUGUACUUAGCACUUAUAUUUCCAAGUAACGCUUUCGAAAAAGUUCUAGAAUUUUUUUAAUUUUUAUUUACCAUCAUUCGAGGAACAUGAAUUCGAGGAACAUGCAAUCUGUUACUUGGUUACCUGAAGCACAGGGCAUGAAAACGACAUGAUGUCAUGUGUAAAUUCUGCUUCAAACUAUGGUGCAAUGUGGUCCAUUGAAGAGUUAGAUUUUGUGGCAAUAGAUAGAUGGAAGACUUGGACUCCACCUGGCCGGACAAGCCAACGAAUGGAGUAAGGUCAUUGGAAGCGUUGAUGUGAUGUAAGAUAAAAAAGAAAUGGAUUGAAGUGGUUGAGAAAGUCAACCGAUGUGGCUGAAAAUUUGGUUGUGUAUAGAUGGAUCGUGUAUGUAAAGUUGGUUGGUGAUGGAUCACCCAGAUUAUCAUUGGCCUUUGUGCUAUUUCCGCAAGCACCUUAGAUGUUAAGUCUACAAGAGUGGAGUAACAAGCACAGUGACCGGACAUAAAUUCUUAGCAAAAUCUUCAAAAAUUCAACUAAGAUCUGUAUUAUUCAUAUAGAAAAAGAGCUUGAGAGGGAGAGAGACCGAUAGGAGUUAGGAUUAGGCCCUACAAAGUAAUGGUGGUUGGACAUAAGUCCUUAGCAAAGGCUUUGACAGCUGAAGCUAUCUAAGAUUUGUCUGUACAAUAAAAAUGUAAAGUUUAAGAAAAUUUCAAAUUUUGGGUUAGAACUUGUGAUAAGAGAUUUGACUUCUUUUGGCCUCUCUAACACUUCCGUGAUAAAAUCCCUCUGAUUUCUCAGAUCUACUCAACCAUGACCACCACAAGGGAUUCAAGUGAUCUUUUCUAUGGCUUUAUAGUGUCCUAUAUUUUGGUGGAAACUAUAGAAAAUUAAAGCUAUGGACGAGCAAACAUUUUGGAUUAGAACUUGGGAUAAGUAAAUGGGUAAUUCUUGAGGGUUCCAUUGACAGUUGGUGGAAGGUCUGGUGAGGUAGAUCCCUCCCUGGCUUCUUUUGACUACUCUAGUACUUCUGUGAUGAAAUCUUUCUGAUUUCUCAGAUCUACUCAACCAUCAUGACCACCCCAAGGGACUCAAGGGAUCUUUUCUAUGGCUUUAUAGUGUCCUAUAUUUUGGUGGAAACUAUAGAAAAUUAAAGCUAUGGACGAGCAUACAUUUUGGAUUAGAACUUGGCAUAAGGGAAUAGGUAAUUCUUGAGGGUUUCAUUGACAGUUGGUGGAAGGUCUGGUGAGGUAGAUCACUCCCUGACUUCUUUUGACCUCUCUAGCACUUCCGUGAUGAAAUCUCUCAGAUUUCUCAGAUUGACUCAACCAUCAUGACCACCAGAGGAGACUCAAGGGAUCUAGGUUUCUUUUCUAUGACUUUAAAGUGUCCUAUAUUUUGGUGGAAACUGUAGAAAAUUAAAGCUAUGGACAAGCAUACAUUUUGGAUUAGAACUUGGGAUAAGGGAAUGGGCAAUUCUUGAGGGUUCCUUGGACAGUUGGAGGAAGGUCUGCUUUUCUGUGGCUUCUAGUAUCCAAAUGCUUUGGUUGGAACUGGUGAGGCAGAUCACUCCCUGGCUUCUUUUGACCACUCUAGCACUUCUGUAAUAAAAUCUCUCUGAUUUCUCAGAUCUACUCAACCAUCAUGACCACCACCGGAGACCCAAGGGAUCUUUUUUAUGGCUUAAAAGCAUCCUAUAUUUUGGUGGAAACUACAGAA